ACUCCAAACUAACAACCCUCCCCCAGUCCUCGCUCUCCAACAGCUGGAGAAACUCUCCUACCUCACAGCAGUAAUCAAAGAACCACUCCUUCCCUGCCUCUGCGUACCGGGUCGUCUGCCGCGCAUGGUCCCACCUGAAGGUCUCACUUUAUCUGGUCUCGUGUUUCAGGCUGGACGGUGGUGAGUUCGAAUGCUCUGAUACUGCAUAUAAACCCGAUGCUUCUCUGUGAGCCGGAGAAGUUCGUGCCUGAGAUAUGGAUGGCUGAUGGGAGUUGGUGGGAAUGGGGAGGAGGUAGUGAGGUGGGAUGGGAAGCAGGAGAUUGAAGAUUUGGUACCGUUUUCGGUAGGGAGGAGGGAUUGCAUUAGACGGCAUCUUGCAGUUGCUGAGAUGAAGACUUUUAUUGCUCGAUUGGUAGGUGGGGGAUUUGAGGUUGAGAUUGAGGGAGAAGAGAGAAUUAGGUGGGGGGACAAUGUGGUGAGUUAUUAUGAGAGCGACAUCCCGCUUAGGAUUUCGAAGAGAGUGGAAAGAACAAGGGACAUGUGAGGUCUUGCUGAGACGGGAUCUCAUGAGGACUUGAAGAAGAAUAGUUGC